AUGCCUUUUGCGGAGCCGCCGCCGACCGUGGACGUUUUGAUGUUCCGCCACCCGAUUCUGCGGUAUGUCCGGCCGUUGCGGACGUUGGUCGGCCUCGUGACGAUGGUUUUGGUGUUUACGUGCGGGAUCAACAGCCUGAUCGGCGUCACCUCGGCCCCAAUCGGGGUGUACCUGUUGCUGAUCGGGACGCCGGUGUUUCUCCUCGAGUUCGGGCCGGCCAUCACUACCGUGUGCGGAAACAACGGAUGCUGCUGUCGGACGUUCGGCUUCGUGCUCGGCUUCGAUAAGAAGCGCCGUGGUGUACUGUAUAUUCUGAUGGCCAUCCCGCUGUUUUUGGGCUUUUGGUCGAACAAUUACAGUAUCGUAGCCGGCGUGCUGCUGACAUUUUGCGGCCUACUAUAUUUCGUGAAGGGCUGGGAGCAGCGGGUCGUCAAAAUGCUGACCGGUCUCGGCCCGGCCGACGCGACGAUACCCGUACGCAACGCGUCACCACCGCUUCCGCCCGCCGUGGACAUUCCGGUGAAUCCAUUGGCACCUGUA